AAAAAUGGAAAACCACCAGCAGUGUGAGGAGACCUGAAAGUGGCACAUGGCAGAGUGUGGCGAUAGAGACAGCAGCAAUGGGAGGCCGUACAGGGACCAUGACACACUCUGGACCUGGCUAGCAGCAUAUGAGGAGGCGGAUGGGGACCCAUGGCAGAUUUACGGGCCCGGUUGGCAGCAGCAAUGGGAGGCCGUACAGGGACCUGACACACUCUGGACUCCUGGCAGCAGCAUGGGGAGGCGGGGGUACAGGGGCCCAGCUGACAGAUUACGGGACCCUGGCAGCAUGCACAUGAGGGGAGUCGGUACGCGGGGGCCAUGACACACUCUGGACCUGGGCAGCAGCAUGA